UGUACGCAUUUACUGCACAAUUGACAACAAACAUAUUCAUAUACAGCCAUUUGCCAGUAGUUUAAAAAUAGGUGUUCAGCGUCAGGCCUACAUUUUGUCAGUGAUAUCCGAGUUUGUAAAGGGGAUGUGAGAAUAAUCACUCAUCAUGUGACGAGCUGAUAUCGGAUCGGGCGCGACAGGUUAUUGUUCACUUGUGUCGAGAUGUGGACGACAGUGUUUGUCUUAUUCUUCGCUGUGUGGAAAGUCUCUCUUUCUACACCUGAAGUAACAGCAGAGGAGGAACAUGACUUCAAGAUAUGGAUGUCCAAGUACAACAAAAAAUAUGACUUGAUUGAGUAUUACCAGCGCCUGAAGAUAUUCACUGAGAACAAGAAGGUGAUUGAGACCCAUAAUGCAGGGAAUCACUCAUUCACAAUGGGGUUCAACCAGUUCUCUGAUAUGACCUUUGCUGAAUUCCGGAAGUACUUCCUCUUGAAAGAACCCCAGAACUGCUCUGCCACUCACGGGAACCAUGCAGGAGGAAAGGGACCUUAUCCUGAUUCUAUUGACUGGAGAAAGAAGGGGAAUUAUGUGACACAUGUAAAAAAUCAGGGGGGGUGUGGAAGCUGUUGGACAUUCUCAACCACAGGCUGUUUGGAAUCUGUAACUGCUAUUUCCACUGGAAAGCUACUGUAUCUGUCUGAGCAACAGUUGGUAGACUGUGCCCAGGACUUCAACAACCAUGGCUGUAAUGGUGGACUUCCCAGUCAAGCUUUUGAGUACAUCAUGUAUAAUAAAGGAUUGAUGACAGAAGAUGACUACCCUUAUGAAGGCGUUGAUGACGACUGUAGAUUUAAACCUAAUCUGGCUGCUGCUUUCGUGAAGGAAGUGGUCAACAUUACAAAGUAUGAAGAGAUGGAGAUGGUGGAUGCAGUUGCCAAUCACAAUCCUGUCAGCUUUGCCUAUGAGGUAACUGGUGAUUUCAUGCACUACAAAAGUGGUGUUUACACAAGCACUAAGUGUCACAACACCACAGACAUGGUGAAUCAUGCGGUGUUGGCCGUAGGCUAUGGAGUGGAGAAUGGACUUCCUUACUGGAUCGUCAAGAACUCCUGGGGAACCGAAUGGGGACUGGAUGGGUACUUCUACAUUGAGCAAGGAAAGAACAUGUGUGGCCUGGCAGCUUGUGCUUCUUACCCUGUGGUGUGAAUUAAAUAGAUCAAUGUGAACAGUAGGCUUUGGGCCCUAAAUUACAUUGUCGGCCCAGGACUCAGAAGAGGACUUAAAGGGAUACCACUGUGUAGCACAAGUUUGAAAUGUAGCCUAAUACACAAAUGCCUUUGUCUAAGACCUUAUUGCAAUGCUUGAUAGGCUAUAAUAUCGUCAGUGUUUGAAAAUGUUUAUAGCCCCUACAAAAUGCAGUCUAACUAAAAUAAUCAUAACCACUGAGUUGUAGUCUAACAUAAGCAAUGUUUUUUAAUAGCCUACAACAGGUUGAUUUUCAUCAGCACAUUAAUACUUCGCCUGUUUGCAUUGACUCACUUUGUAUUUUUAGAUUUAAUCUAAACAUGUAAAUGAAGCGUUGUUUAGAAUGCAAGAUGUGUUUUAUUAGGCCUAUUCAACGUGUAAUUUUAUUCUAACUAAAGACUGCUCAGGGUUACCUGUCACUGUG